UCCCCUCGCCGCACGCUCUCCUUCCUUCUUUACCGUUGCGCGACCAGCAGCUGGCUCCACAAACACACCAAUCACACCGAUCACCUGACCCCCGCCGCCGCCCCCAUCUCGACCUUCCCUCCGUCCUUCCACGGCGCAGCCCUGCCGGAGAAGUUCUUCUUCCUGUUCCACGGCGGCCGGCCCGGCACGCUCCGUUCUGUUCUACUCGUCUCGUCCUCUCUCGCCCGCCCAGAUCACCGGCAGCAGGCAUGACGACGCUGUCGACGGGCGUGCUCCUGAAACUCCUGGACGGGAUGAAGUCAGGCACGGCAAAACCCAUCGGCGAGCACCGCACGGCGGUGCUGCAGGUGACGGACAUCGUGCCGGCGGACAUGGACGAGAAGGACCUGUUCCCGCGGCACGGCAGCUUCUACGUCAAGGUCUCCGACUCCUCGCACUCCAUCUACGCCACGCUGCCGCCGGCGCAGGCGGACCUGGUGCUCAGCAACAAGCUGCACCUCGGCCAGUUCGUGCACGUCGACCGCCUCGACCCCGGCUCCCCCGUCCCGGUCAUCGUCGGCGCCCGGCCGAUCCCGGGGCGCCGCCCGCUCGUCGUCGGCACGCCCGAGCCGGGCAAGAAGGCCGCGCCGCGCAGGGGGUCCUGGGGGCCAGAGAACCACGGCGCCGCAGGGGUGCUCGCCUCGCCCAAGGUCGUCAGGCCCACCGCGCUUGAUUUCGGGGAUCGGACGCCGGUCAAGGAGAGGCCGUCGCCGUCGGCGCGGGGUUCGGCGUCGGUGAGGAAGAGCACCAGUGUCAUGCCCAGGAUGGUGAGCAGGUGCAGGAGCUUCGUCGCCGACAGGGGUGACCCUCCUCCGUCCAAGAUCCCUAGGAGCCCAUUCCCAGCUGAGAAGAGCUCGGUGAGCUCUUCACGGGUGAUGAGCAGGAGGGCCAGGGAGGAAGAACCCUCCUCGCCGAGCUCCGACGAUGACACCGCGACGUCUUCCAAGAAGAGGCUGUCGUCUAUCGCUCGUGUGCCAGUGCCGGCGAAGCUCAACGCACUCGGCAAGGAAGCCAUGGAGCAGAGGGAGCAGGCUCAGAAGGUGGCGCUCGAGGCGCUGCGCAACGCGUCGGCCACCGAGAACGUAUUCAGGAUCUACAAGAUGUUCUCUGAUGUGAGCAAGACGGCGAGGGCGGACGCGCCGGCGGCCUGCUUCGACGGCUUCCUGAGCUUCCACCAGGAGGCGGUGCAGGCCGUGGCCGACAUCGAGUCGAUCCAGGCGGCCACCUCGAUGGCCGCCACUGCCGCAGGCACAAGCGACGAUCCCCCAGCCGCCGUAGCCGAGGAGGCGGCGCCGCCGCCGAACGUCCUGCAGGAGAUCGCCCAGAACAGGGCUGCUGCUACGCCCAGGAGGCGAGGCCUGCUCGGGUUCGGCGGAGUGUCCAAGUCGGUGUCCUUCGCGCCGGGCACGCUGCUGGACCCUUCUUCGCGCCAGGACGGCGGCCGCAGCUCGAGCGCCAGCAGGAAGUGCCUCGCCGCGGACAAGCCCGACGACAAGAGAUCGUCUGCUCCUCUCGGGGCGGCGGCGGCGCACUCGGCUCUUGGGUCGUCGCUGAAGAUGGCGAAGCAGAUGCAGGCCGAGGCCGGGAGCUGGUUCAUGGAGUUCCUGGAGGCCGCGCUGGAGACCGGCCUGAAGAAGAGGAAGAGCAGCAAGUCGUCGGCGGCGGUGGGGCAGAGCAGCGGCGGAUGUCCGCAGUCGCUGAUGCUCAGGGUGAUCAACUGGGUGGAGAUGGAGCAGAGCGGCGGGGAGAGCCGGAAGGCCGGGCACCCCAGGGCGGCCGCCGUUGCCAGGAAGCUCAGGAUCAAGGCCAAGAACCCCUGAUUCCUUUGCUCGCAAGAUGAUCGUGUUUGUAGUAGGAAUUGGUGGGUGUUUGUGCUUUUGUGAUAGGAACAAUUGUAGAAGAGAGUUGGAUCAUCCACCUGUUGGUGUAUGAAUCACAUGUAUGAAUCACAAAUUCGUUAUUCUUUCGGAAAUGCUUUCUGUUUCA